CACGGCUUUUGCGUGUUCUUACCGAACUUGAACACAGUGGACAUGGACAACAAACGCGGUCUGCUUACAUCCGGCAGAUGUCCGGCUACCGCUGAUCUCCAUUUGUGAUGUCACCCACCCAUACCUGUUCAGUACAUUACACCGAGGCGAUUGGAAGUUUGCCCUGCGUUCACGGCAAACGCCUGGACUCUAGCAAGGAAGAGCUUGCAUGCGCACAGAGACCAAGAGAUCGGCAGAUGUAGUCCCCGAAGAUUGGUAUACCAGAUCCAAUCGUAUCGGAAUGAAACGACGAGAAAUUCGCCGUCACUGCAUUCCCGUAAUGCCCCCACGAAGGAGUUGCCAGCCGCUCCACAGCCCUCACCCUGCGCUACCGUAUCUCCAGGGACGGGUACCUGGAAAGCCAAAUGCUAGACGAGGCCCAUAAUACUAUCCGUUCCCGCUGUUCAUGGAUGUUCCAUAGGAUUUACCUUCCAGAACUCGAGCACCCUCAAGCGACAUGACUUUCAACGUCGGCCUUGGAACUGAAGGCUCAGUUGAGCGCGGAUGGGGACUUUGGCUCACCAGUGUCCUAUCUGUUAUUAUCGCCGGUCUUUUCGUCAGCGCACGUCUAGCGCAGCGAUUCAUCAAGAGUAGCGGCCUGGGAAUGGACGACUACAUGAUCAUCGCCGCCUUACUUUCAUCAGUUUUACUCUCUGUAACAGAGUGUCAAGCUGUGGUAUAUGGCUACGGGAGACAUUGGAAAGAUCUACCUGCCGACUCCCGCGUUAUUGCUCGCAAAUGGUUCUAUGGAGCGAAUAUUGUUUACAAAGUCGUUCUCAUGUUCAACAAGAUCUCUGUGGUUUGCCUGUACUACCGAAUCUUCGCCAUCACCACAAAGUCUUUCCGUAUUGCCUGUCAUAUCAUGAACGCUUGGGUCAUCAUGACCGGUUUUGCUUUUACUAUCGCAACGGUUUUCCAAUGUACGCCAAUCGCCGCAUUCUGGGACAAAACCAUAUCUGGAGCCAGAUGUUUCAAGAAUGAACCCUGGUGGAUUUCCUAUGCCACUGUUCAAAUUACAACCGACUUCAUGCUCCUUGCAAUGCCUUUUCGAAGAAUCCUAGGACUCUCCAUGGGACGAGCCGAGAAGUUGGGUGUGGCACUUGUUUUCGGUACGGGUGGCUUUGUCACUUUUGCGUCUAUCUAUCGUGCAACUACAAUCGCCAGGUCCGCAAACGAUCCCGAUCCGACCUGGGGCCCUGUUCCUGCUACAAUAUGGUCAGUGAUAGAAGCCAACGCUGGUAUCAUAUGUGCCUGUCUCCCCAUGCUCCGCGCUCCAUUCGUCCGCCUCUUUGGACCACUUUUUGGUUCGGUAGCCACCAAGGCCACCUCGAAGCGGCGGUCGUACCCCAUGGACUGGAAGAGCAACCACGGGCCAGCUGGCACUGGAAAUGAGAGUAAGGUAUCUGGUAAAAGUGCAUCUGAGCGCGAAAGCGAAGAUGAUGCAUUGCCACCAAGUAGACCGAGUGAGCUCGGCCGCCGGGGCAGUGGCAUCUUUGUCACGAACGAGUUCAGUAUUGAGCGCAACGAGUUACAAAAGCAAGAGACAGAGACACGGUCGUGCGAACAAGAUGGCGACACUAACACUGCGCUGAGUGUGAACGAGGACAGGCCAGGUGGCAAGAGUCCCUUCUACCACGUCUAAGCAAAAGGACCAUAUUGCUUCUUCUCGUCCCAGUGCUGUAACAUUUCAGCACUAGCUCUGCAUGAUAAAAUAUGCAGAUUGCCGUCUAGCAGACAAGCUACACCUCUCGCCGACAUGCGUAUCACGAUCUUCAGCGUUUCCAUCGGAAGGCGCCUCUCUAGUGUUCUUUCGGUCCUAUACCGCAUAGCCGCUAGCGAACG